AUCAAACGCGCAAUCAAAUUCCAACCUCUAAGUUGUGCGUGUGUAUCUCUUACCCUUAUCUAUCAUUUAACAACAUUGUGCAACGUGAAUUUGAUUCACUAUCAUGUUCAAAUCUGCCUGAUUGUACUUCUGUUGGUAAAAUAGUCAUUCGAUUGUUUCUCCGCCGUUGUUUACUGCCGAGUGCGCGCAGCAACAAUGUUCACGAACACGGCGAGGACCGCAUUUGGAGGGAAUUCUUCGUUUGGGACUCCAGCACAAACGAACCCAUUCGGAGGCACUUCCCAAAUGUUUGGUGGAACAACAUCCACCUUUGGCACUCCAACAUUUGGCCAAGCCACAGGUAAUGUCUUUGGCCAACAACCACAGCAAAAUCAACUCUUCAGCUCAGCAAACACAUCUACAUUCGGUACACCGGCUCAAAAUGCAUUCGGCUCGACGCCUCUCUUCGGCCAGCAAAACACAGCAGCUUCAACUUCAUUGUUUGGCAACACAUCAACCUUUGGCCAGCAGAAUAAACAACCUGGUUAUUCAUUUCCCACACCCCAGAGUGGUCUCUUUGGGCAGUCGGCCACCACACAGCAGCCACAACAACCAAGUAACAUGUUUCAACCAUCUACAUCUAGUAAUAUUUUUGGGGCGUCAACAGGCGGAUUUGGCAUGGCACCGCAAACCGGAACAACGAUUAAAUUCACGCCUGUAACCGGCACGGAUUCGAUGCAGAAAAGCGGUAGCACCACCGUGAUUAACACCAAACAUCACUGCAUCACCUGUAUGAAAGAAUACGAGAAUAAAUCGUUCGAGGAGUUGCGUAUGGAGGACUACGCUGCGAAUCGCAAAGGACCACAGGCUGGAAGUACUUCUGCAUUUGGAGCUACUCCGAAUGCACAACCAUUUGCAUCUUCCACUGGCGGAGGCAUGUUUGGACAAAGUUCUGAUCCCAAACUUGCGUUUGGUCAGACAAGUACAAGUUUUGGUCAAGCGGCGCCAGCUUUCGGUUCGGCUGUUAGCAGUACACCGAAUUUAUUCGGCAAACCAGCUUUUGGUUCAACUCUAACCACAAGCACAGCGAAUACUGGCUUCGGUGGUUUUGGAACACCUACUGUACAACAACAACCAGCGACGAAUAUGUUUGGAACACCAGCGCAGCCACAACAAAACAAACCUUUCGGGCAAGCAACUCCGCUCUUUGGUAGCACUCAGACGCAGCCUGCUUUCGGGCAAACAGGAGGCGGUUUCUUCGGACAAAACCCCGCUGCUAGCCAACCGCAGAGUUCAUUCUUCAAGUCAGUGCAAACGACAUUCACUGCGCCUCUCACCGGUGGAUUUGCGUUUGGGCAACAACCGACUUCAUCGACAGCAGGUACCGGGUUGUUUCAACCGCCGAAAACGACUGGAUUCUCGUUGUUUAACACUACUACGACUACACCAUCUGCGGGAGCUACAGGCGCAUGGCCUGCCACUAAUACAUUCGGGACGAAUGCGUUUGCUAAACCAGCGCAACCUGCGUUCGGGCAACCGACACAAUCCACAUUCGGCACAGGGCUGCAAAUGCCACAGACGAAUCUGUUUGGAAUGUUGGGGAAUAAACCAGCGUUUGGGAAUACGACAGGGACGAGCAUAUUUGGAUCGACGAAUAAUCAAACAGCACCUAGUUUUGGUCUACAACAGCCUAACAUGCAACAACCAGUGACUUUAAACACUUCAACACAACUGAACGACCUGCGCCAGAUGAUUGCCCACUCCGAUCCGUAUGGAUACUCCCCACAUCUUGACAAUUUAGACAGUUUCAAACCGAGCAGUGGAUCCGGAGGAACCCACUAUGUCACAAACCCUAAAGAUAUUGAUAACUAUCUGAAGGAAACCGAAAAUAAUAUAUCAACUACCGCGCCAAAAUCCAAGAAGAUACAGGUGAAGAGUCCUUGCGCGAUGGAAAAGUGGAAAAUGUUUGAAUCUUCCUACGAUGCGGAUGAUGCAAGCGCAAGUCCCGGUGGGCAGACGAUUAGUAAGAGUAUUAAACGUCUUAAUAUUCCGCGCAAUGCGAAUUUAAAGAAACCCGGGCCGAUUUACGUUGUAAAAGAUGGAAGAUUGGUUGAAACAAGCACACAAGGUGGCAAUACCAGCAAUGGAGGUACUCCUAUAAUGACUCCACCUAGAGCUCUACAAAUUUCUACUUCUACUGAAACUCAAUCGACUUUCACCCAACAAAAAGAUAGUACAGCGACGAAAAAUUCACAGACUACACCCGAUGCGCAAACUUCUUUUAAUAAUUCAGGCAUACCCUCACCCCAGAAUGAACAGGACACCAGUCAGGGACAAAGUGAAAAACGUAAUGUCGGAGUUGUAAAUAUCGAUACAUUGGGCGAUGCCUCCCAGCAAAAGUUUCAAAGCUCUGCGGAUAUUCCGGAUACAUGCGGUGUGAUCUGCACGCGUUCACAAUACUACACCCUGCCUGCGUUGGAUAAACUCGCGCAGUUUAAAAACUCCGAUGGGACUUGUCUUAUUGAAGGUUUUACUAUUGGAAGACAUGGUUAUGGUAAUGUACACUUUCCGGAUGUAAUUGAUGUAGCCAACUUGAACAUUGAUCAGUUGGUGCAUUUUCGUCAUAAGCAAAUUUGUAUCUACCUGGAUGAUAAUACCAAACCACCAGUUGGUGAAGGUUUGAAUCGCCCCGCACAGGUAACACUAGAUCGUGUCUUUCCUAGUAAAGACCCUGGGGAAUCAGAAGAUGCGCAGAACAGAGCAAUGGCUGAAAUUGAAUUUGAAGAGGUUUUACGACGUGCCUGUGUACGUGCUGGGACCAUUUUCGUUGAUUAUCGACCAGAGACAGGGUCAUGGGUAUUCAAAGUCCAUCAUUUUUCAAAAUAUGAUUUAUUAGAUCCAGAAGAAGAGGAAAUUCGUCGCGAGGCUCUACAAGGACGUAAAACAGUCGAGGCGGUUAAACAGAAAGAAACAGAAUCACCACCAGUGGUUAAUCAAGCGUCACAACCACGUGUUGAGUACGAAAUGAAUAAAAGCAAUGAUUUUGAGUCAAAUGCUUCUAAUACGUUGCAUAGAGGUCUUGGUGGAGCACCAAAAAAAGCAACAGAACCACCACGCAUGACACCGCUUGAUUCAGCAUCGUUUUUUCCAACGAAUACUACAACUUCCUUUGGUAUGCACAGCAUGGAUGAACAACCUUCACGCUGGGAACAAGAUAGAGUACCAAAACGUAAUCUCCACCUGAUGCAAAUGAAGUAUAUGUUCUACAAUGAUGAGCGUGAUAAAGCCGAUGAAAUGAUUGAAGGUGGAGUGGUGGAUAUGGACGGUGUACAGUCUUGUUUUGAAUUAAGUGAUCAAGAACAGACUACACCGGAUGAAGGUAGUAAGGAUGAUGUCACUUUUUCUGAAAUAGGUCAUGUGAAAGACCGAGAUUGGCCUGAUAUGUUUGUUUUACGUAAUCCUAGCAGACGUGUCCCGAAAAGCGAGUCUUUGUUAGUUGAUCGCGGGGUUAUGGAUGCAGCUAUCUUCAAAGGACGUGGUUUCAAAUGCGGAUGGGGUGCAGGUUUGAAAUUAUUGGCACUUACAGGAGACGGACGUGUAUCUGAAGUGCGAGUAUCUCCUCCAGUUGAAAAUGAAAAAGAAACGGAUCCGUUCUAUGAUCAUGCACACCUCAAUAAAUUCAUCAAUUUGAUUUAUUCUGAAACAGCGUUGCAGUUGGAUCAUGACGGGAGUGGUGAUAACAUUCCGUUCUUCCAGAUGAUUCAAACUCCCGCAGAAGAUAGGUAUCAAACUGCUGAUGGUGUUUCGUUGUUGGGUCGAUUAUUCACUCUCUCCGAGGAAAUGUCGUUGAAAUAUUCCCGAAAUAAGCACAUGUCGUAUUACCACAGCAUCUGGAAGCUUAUGGUUGCAUUUUGGGAUGCGCCUAAGGGUAGAGACAGUGAGUUGUUCGGCCCGAAUGUUGAUCACUUCCGGAGGGAAAUGUUUAACGGGUGGUUGGAACAUGUGACUGGACCCAUCGCGGAUCGUAUUCUGGGUGAUAAAGCCGGGCGGUCGGAGCAUGAUAACAUGUUGACUUGUCUCUCCGCGCAUAAAAUCAACGAAGCUGUGAAGAUGGCUAUACGCGGGGAUCAUCCGCAGCUGUCUAUGAUUAUUUCACAAUUGAAUGCUUGUAAUAUGACAAGAUUCUGUAUGCAACAGCAGUUGAAUCAUUGGCAUUCCACUGGAGCGUUGGAGUUUGUUGCGGAUGAUGUUCGUAGGAUGUAUAUGUUGGCUGCGGGGACAAUAACCUAUGCAGGUAUUAAUGUUUUGGAAGGUAUGGAUUGGUUACGUUGUUUGGGUGUGGUAUUUUGGUACAUUUGUCCAUCGUGGAGGAACGUUCAAGUAGCUUUGGCUACUUUUGAAGAUGCUUUUGAAAAGCGAGGUGAUGCAGCACCUCCAGUAUCAAAAUAUGGUACCAUACAGGAUACUUGGGAUAUUCUGUAUCAUCUUAUGCAGUUGUAUUGUAACAAUCAAAGUGCUUUACAAAUUUUGCUCUCACCGCAAACACACACGUCUGAUCCGAAUGACUACAGAUUGAGUUGGCUUUUACAACAAGUUUUUCUAUCAAUGGGAGUUGGUCUUGUUAGUGAUGAAUGUCACUACCAGACUACAACUAGUUUUGCCACACAAUUAGAAGAGUAUCAACAAUAUAAAUGGUCUAUUUUUGUAUUGCUGCAUUUGAAGGACACUGGAGUUCGGAAGAAUCUCGUGAUGGGUGUGCUGGAUCGUCAGUUGGGUAAUAUGGAUGCGGAUCUUAUGGAACACAUUGUAUCGGCUUUCCGCAUUCCGUCAUCUUGGAUGCAUCAAGUCUUAGCAGCCCGUGCGAAUCUUCUAGGAAACCAUUGGCAGGCGUUUAAACAUCUUUCCUAUUCUGGACAACAUAGCGAUAGUCACGAGUUACUUAUGCGUGAUUUGGUACCAGUCCUAGUGGGAAAUCAAGAAUUUGACAUUCUAUCACGAGUUUUAGAGGAUAUGCAAGAUGAUCGUGCACAUAUGACCCGAUGGAAGUACGCAGGUGGUCUUAUUACACAAUUUAUCCGAUUCUGGCGCAAUAUGAAUAUAAUUCAGGAACGCAGAGAUGUGCCGCCUGGAGAGAUUACAGCUAUUCACAUGGAGUUGAAUCAAUUGUUGAUGCAUCUCAGAAGUUUCUCGAUAUCUGAUCAUAGACAAGUGAUGGUCGUGGCGGAAAUGUCCAAGUACUGCGCCAGUUGUUAUACUACGCUGCUGCGACAUGGCGUGUAUGAAUUCAAUGAUCAGUUUAAUUUGCUCGUUAUGCCGUUUGAUUAUAAAUAUACAGAGAUCAACAAGUUUAUUGGACACAGCAGGUUCCAGCGGCUGGGCAGUAUGGAUUAAUUUAGGCUAGGAUAUUACUGUUUUAAUAAUAAAUUAAGUUCUUACAAUGAUACAAUAUUCUUAUACAUAUUAGAGUGAAUAAAAUGAUAUAAAAAAUGUUCAGUUGGGUUUAUAUUGGAAAUUGGAACUGAUUGACAACUGAGCGUUGCUGGCGACCCGCAAAAUGUGGUGGGGGUAAGUAUUGAACACCAGUGGUGCUUUUGCUUGAGCAAAUUGUAAUAAAAUCACAAAUAUUUUAUGUAACUGGUGCUUAAUUUAAUUAAUGUCGACAUUAUGUGCUUUAAAACAAUUAAAAACAAAAACAUUUUGUAUGAUAAUAACAAUUAUACAUAUUUUUUGUUUGGCA